UUCGAAAAUGUUUUGUUGGAUACUCGGGUUGGUGUUGUGAUCUCGUGUUCGCCGCUGGUGCUAUUAUGUUUCCAUCUAAAAUCUGAUAGUCAUAGUAGCGAGCGGCUGGGGUUUCGAGGCAGAUCUUAGCUCUAACCACUAUAUACUCUGGAAGAAGUCCAAACUGGCAAUAGCCUAAGAAAAUCGGUUGCUGAAUCAUCAGCGUCAUCAUCAAAACCAGAGCAAAACAAUUAUUGGCUGGAGGCCGUCGAAUCAACGGUGGCUGGGAAACAGAAACGAGUCAAAUUCAAGACUUUUACUUUAGUCUGUAAUUAUUUGAAAAGUUUUUAAAAAGUGCAAUAAAUCAUCGAUAUACCACUGUGCUAACAAUUUACCGCAUUUUUCGGGAAGGUGUUUAAUGGAGAACGGUCUAUGAAUUUGGUGGAACUUUGAAUGCCGCGAAUAGCUCAAUGGCAUAGUGUUCAAUUGAACAGUGUCUUGGCGUGUUUGGGUUAGAUACAUUGUGGAACACUGACUGAUAAUAAGCAAGAGCGGUAGAGUGGAGUUUAUCCCUUAAUCUGCAUUAUCAAGGGUGUGAACAGGUGAUAACGCAAGUGUUCUUGUGGUUUUUUUCAACGUUGCUGGCGUCGCAAUUGAUUCUCGUAUUUCGUUAGUGAAAGGGAAACCAUUGGAUAGAAUACCAGAAACGUACAAAAACUAGGUGUGUGGCUGCGUUUCAUUGGGAAAUCGGAUUAACACGUUCUUGGAUACGCAGAUAUCUACGUUAAAACAUUGGCAUCAACAAUGAUGGAAAACCGACCUAAGCUAUUAAUCAAUCGCAACAAUUUAUUGAGCGAGAAGAGUCCACCACCAUCAAAACUUUUACUGAAUCAUGGAAAACCAAAUUUUACCAUAGUGAAAUCAUCAAAAAUCAUUUCUCCACCACCAACCGAGGAAAGUAUUUUUUCUGGAACAGAUCUGAAACCGAGUGCAUUGAAAAGAAGGUCACCACCAAAAGUUAUCCAUAGCAACGGGUCAGUGAAUGGAUCGACAAAUGGUUCGGCCUCAAGCGAUGAAUUCCUCAGAUUGCAUAAGAAAAUUGGAGGAAAGAACUUCGAUGAAAUUGACAACAAUAAUGUCAUCAAUUGUCCUAGCAUGAAUGGUAAUCCAAGUGUUGCUGUCGCGAAGGAGAGCCCACAUGCAGACCAACAUUUUGCUACUUUACAGAGGAAUUGUAUCUUAACUCUCAAGCAUCCAAGCGAAACCAAUGGUUUUACGAAUAAAUCUGAUAUCGACAAUCAAAUGAAUGGAACCGCACUGAAGUCUCCUACUCCAGAAAAGCCAUCCACACCAGAGAAACCAGAUUUUUUGAAACAAUCCACUCCGAGUCCAGUAUCCAGAAGUCCACCGCCUUUAUCAAAGCAAAAUUCCCCCUUUAAUCAAUCCAUGGAAAGCGUGACUAGCCCCUCCGCUGUGAAUUUUGAACAGAGAACUGUUGUUUCUUUUUCACGGGAUCUAUCUGUUACCCCAAAUAGAUAUCCAGAUACCGUGAAAACAACGAAAACCGUAGAUGCUAAUGGUGGAAUUAGUUCGUUGCCAAAAGAAUUUGCAUCACUGAAAUUUGAAAUUGCCCCUGAUGGGGAGUUGAUUCGGCCGGUGAAGAAAAAUGCCGCUUGAAUGUAUUAUGAUUUCGAAGAGGAAUUGUUUAUAAGAAAUGUUGAAAAGUUGCACGAGAAAUCUGCAAUCGUGAAGUAUGCAUGUGAUAUAUGUUAUAUAAUAACCCUUGGCCGAGCCAAGUGGAUAUCCUUAUGGUAGCGCUGGAAUACCCAUCCUUGAUACAAACUAAAUAUUUAGUUAUUUAUUGAGUAUCAUGAAUGUCUAACCGUCAGGUGAAAGCACUCUUGGAUGCAGUGCUCAGUCACCGAAUUAUGAAUACAUAAAGUAAGCCUUAUGGAAAUAUCAAUCUAUCUUCUACAAGGAUCCAAUUCUUAACAAAAAUGAAAUUUAUGCCGAUAAUUGCUUUUUAGUUGCGAGAAGAAAUUCUACCUCGGGAACAAUAUUCUUCAUUCACCAUGGAUUAAAUACUGGAUACUUUAAGGUUCUUGAUUUGCAUUGCUUCGACUCAGCAUUUGGACGUCAUAUUAAAUGUGGAUCAAACUAUCUGAGAUGCGAUUGUUUUGAGAACUAGCACUUACGCUUUUUUAUGGCGGAAGGACUAUAUUUUUUGGUGGAUUAGCUUUACUAGCGUCAGUUUUUAAUGCUUGCAUAGAUAUGAAAACAAAUCAUGACACUGUUUUUAUCAGAGAAAACAGAAAUUUAAAUUUAAUAUUUCUAUUUUAAGAAGCAGCAAUCUUUUGUAUAUCUGUUUUGAAAUAUUAUCUUAUUGGAGUUUUAAAUGGCUGAAUACUUUUGGAACUAUAAAGGAUUAAUUUAGCGCUUGAAAAACUUAUAAUCUAUAAGCAAUCUAUAGAAUUUCAAACUAAGAAUAUUAAGAUGUGCAAUUAUUAAUGAAUAUAAAAUUUUUAAUAAAAUCGUUAGAAAAAA